AUGAAGCAGAUCAGACCACCUGUAAGCGCUAAGGGAAUCAGCACCAUUGUAUCACUGGAGUUCAAGGUGGCCAACAUCGCGGAUUGUCGUAUCGAGUCGUAUAAUAUGAUGUCCGAAGUGUCAUCACAUUGUCUGACCGAGCGUCAGAUGCAAUUAGCCGUGAACGAUAUCGAGCGAUUGUUUAUCGGCAAAAUCGUGCCAGUAUUGAUUGUGUUCGGAAUCAGCGGCAAUAUUCUUAAUCUUACAGUACUGCUCACACCGGCCAUGAGAACCAGGUCAAAUGUGUUGCUGGCGUGUCUUGCUGUGGCCGACAUUGUUUUCCUGGUGUUCAUGUUUCCACACUCACUGGCUCACUACAAAAUCUUCGCAUUCAGCUACUGGUUUCGUAGGAUCUAUCUCGGCUAUAAAGAUGCAUUUGCUGGCCAUGCUCAACUGGGCAUCAGCAGCCGCAGCAAACAUAGGUGA